AUGGAGAGGGAUUUUCUAGACGAUCUCGUGUUCUUCUCUGGCGCUGGAUUUCUCACUGGAGCGUUUGUCGGCGGCGCUACGGCUGUGAUGGAUUGCUUGCGGUUCGGCGACGCCAGCGACACUCUCAAGCUCCGGAUCAAUCAAAUUCUCAACAUGGCCGGGCACAGGGGACGCAAGGCCGGCGCUUCUCUGGGCACUGUAGGGUUCGUCUAUGCCUCUCUCCACAAUGGCUUGGUUUGCGCGCGGGGAAGGGACGAUCCGGCCAGCUUCAUCGCCGCGACCGCUGGAACAGGCGCCAUUUUCAGAUCCGCCGCUGGAAUCCGCCCCGCGAGCGUCGCUGGAGCCUCUGGUGGAUUGAUCGCUGCCGCGAUUCUUGUCGGCCGGGAGUUCCUGAUAAACCCUAAAUCUUGA